AUGGAUGGGUAUCUUCCGCCUGGUGAGACAACAAAUACAACAGUCAAAUCGGAGCCGUCGCUAGCUGCUAAGCGGUUGCCGGCAGACAGUCAUAAGAAAUCUUCGAUUUCUUCUCUGGGACGAGUUGGCCUGGUAUCCUUCACUUUGGCUGCGGCUAGCUUGCUCUUGUUCUUCUCGAUCCAUAAGAAGCUGGCCCCCCGCUUAGCUCCAAUCGCUUCGAUCAGUCCUGUGGAUUCAGUAGAGUCUGGGGGUUCAGUGCAUUCUGGGGAUUCUGAGGACUUAGAAGCUGCAUCUAUCCUUGCAACUACCUCUCCUUCUCUCCUUGCAUUUGAUGAGCAAGAGAAACCACCGCCUCAGCAGCUCAGUAUAGAUGCUGAUGCUGCCAGCCCACCACCAGGCGAGAGUAGCACGCCGCAUACUCAGCCAUCUGGUGAGGUAGAACCUUCUGAAUCAUCAGCUUUCGUUGUAUCGACCACUCCUCCUGUGAAAUAUGUAUCACAGCGGGAUGUUUGGGGCUUGGAUACACUUGAACAGUUUGAACUAAAUCUCCCUGCAUCACUGCAGCAGGGCAAAGCGGCACUUGCUGCUUGGGGGUCUGAAUUCUAUGAAAGCGAUGAGUUUUUUCAGAAUCUUGACGCCUUUCAGCGUUCUGUUAGUGAGGCUAUUUGGGAGAAAGCUGUUAAUUCCUUUGUUGAUACAGUCGUGGUUUUGCGGGGUACAAGGCCCCUGAGGUUAGAUGAAGAGAUCAAGCAUUUGCCUCAUGUGCUGAGAGUGACGAAGGUAGCUACUGUUUUACAAGGGGGUUUAUUGCUGCAUGUUGAAGAUGUUUUUGGCGUAGAAAAAUUUCUGGGGAAAGUAAGACGAGCAUUCAACGAUGAACGAAAUACAGAGAUACAAGCAUGCGGGCAGGUAUCUGCUGAGCUCGCCGCCAACGAGAAGGGCUUUGCAGUCUCACGCUUCACUGGUGAGAUCGCUGGAGCCGUACCUGUAUGUUACACAGAGGGGACUUAUAUCAUGAAUAGGCCGAAGCUGAUGGAGAAAGUUAAGGGGACCCUUAUGCAUCUGAAGAAAAGAGCGCCUGGUGUGAUGAAGGAAGCGCGGGACUACAUCGCUUUCCGCUUGCUGCAGAUAGUGCUCAAACUCGAGCAAGCGGGGAUUGGUCACCUUGGCCUCGAUUGGGAUUCUCUUUUUCUGCGUGAAGAUGGAUCUUUUCUGUUGGGAAAUUUCGGCAGCAGCGCUCCCUUUGGAAGACCAGUCGUAAGCCAAUUGGCUUAUCUUUCUCACCAGGUGGACCCUGGUAUACUAACAAGAGCUGAAGGUAGCGUCCUGUAUCCUGCACCUGGGGGGAAUCUGUGGUCACUUGGACUCAUGCUCUUCCAGUUAUACACAGGCAAGGACGACCCGUAUGGAAAAGCACAGGGAAGAUCUGAAAUAGAUGCGGCAACAAAUCUAGCGAGGGGGCUGUUGUCAAGAGAUACACGUUCCUAUGUACUGAGUUAUGAGUUGACAGCCUGUAAUGUACCAUCAAGGUGGAAACAGCUUAUUAUGAGGUUGUUAGAGCCACGCGCAGCAAACAGAAUAAAUGGCUUUGAGGUUACCAUGGAGUUCCCAGACCUAGUCCAUCCUUCUGGUAAUUGA